AUGUGGGUGACCUGCUUUGUGAUUUUAACGCCAGAAUACGUCGCUACGACGCAAGAGCUUGCAAAACUGCCGGGGAAGACAAAGCGACCGUUGUGCCACAUCAUGGGCACACAGGCGCUGCGCCUCAACCAGGCACUAUUGGUGUAUGGCGUGUCGUAUAUCUCGUUUAUCCCGAACGAGCUUCUCGAGAUGAUAUUUGUAGAGACAGUCAAAGCAACCAUUAGAGCAGAUGAAGACUACUCUUCUUCAUGCGCCCUCACCAGAUUGCGCCUCCGUUCCAGGCCUGAGCUUUUGCUUACGAGUGUUUCACAGCGUUGGAGAGCUGUGGCGCUCGGGAUGCCGUUGCUUUGGACAGAGAUCCGACUUUUCCUCCGGCAGAAU